AUGGGAGGAGGACAAUUGAUGCGGAUCCCAUACACGGCACCCUUGCCAGCACCAACCAUCAUCCCGUCGGCCGCCGCUUCCGUCUCUGGUGCAAUCGCCGCCCUGACCGACUUCUUGACAUCGACGCCACAACAACAAUCCAGGAACAAGGACAGGACCGUCUUGCUUACUGGAGCUGGCAUCUCUGUCGCAUCAGGUCUUGCCGACUACAGAGGCACCAAAGGCACAUACACUCUCAACAAAACAUACCGACCAAUCUAUUUUCACGAAUUCGUCGCCAACCAUGCAGCCCGGAAACGCUACUGGGCUCGCAGUUUCCUGGGAUGGACCAACCUGAACAAGUCAAAGCCGAAUCCUGCUCAUAAGGCUGUGGCAGAACUGGGUCGUAUGGGCUACCUGUCCAGCGUCAUCACACAGAACGUCGACUCCUUCCAUCCACAAGCUCACCCUUCGCUCCGAACCCUUGAGCUCCACGGCUACCUUCGCAGCGCCGUCUGCACAACCUGCCGCACCGAAUACGACCGCCAACUCUUUCAAAACGACCUCGCUCAACUCAAUCCCGCAUGGAGCUCCUUCCUAGACGAAAUGUUAGCCUCUGGCGCCCUCACUACCGAGAACCCCGACGAAAGACGACGACUGGGCUUGAAGACAAAUCCAGACGGUGAUGUCGAUGUGCCUGGUGUAGAUUAUGCCACCUUUAGAUACCCUGCUUGUCCGAGCUGUUUAGCCAAACCACCGAAAGACAAGGAUGGAAAUAGACAUAUUGUCGAGGUUGACCAAGAUGGCGCAUGGCUGGCUGAAAAGAGCACGGCGGGCAUACUGAAACCGAACGUCAUCAUGUUUGGAGAAAGCAUUCCGGAUGCAACAAAAGUGGCCGCCGAGAAAGCCAUAGAUGAAGCCGCAAGAGUAUUGGUCCUGGGAUCUUCGCUGGCGACAUACUCGGCCUGGAGACUGGUCAAAAGAGCAAGAGAACAAAGCAUGCCUAUUGGUAUUGUCAAUAUUGGUGGUGUUAGAGGUGAAGAGCAGUUCUUCGCACAUCUGUCACCGAAUAAUACUGGAAAGGAUGGAUUGAGGUGUGCACAUGUCCUUGAGGAGAUGCUACCCAACCUGGCUAAGGAGCUGGGUCAAAGGAAUACUGCACCACUCGCAGCUUCUGCUAUCGCUCGUCCUUUUGUGCCUGCUCCAUGGGCAUGA